GAAUAGCGAACAUUCCGCAGCGACAGUAACAACAAUUUUGUCACUGGUUGCUGAAAAUACAAUUUUCUGUGUGAUAUAGCAGAACUCCACUUAAGCAAUCAUCAUGUUUGUGUAUUUAAGUAAAAAGAUUGCCAUACCAAACAACACAAAGCUGAGAUGUGUAAGCUGGAACAAGGACCAGGGUUACAUUGCAUGUGGAGGGGAGGAUGGACUUCUCAAGGUCCUCAAACUGGAGACCCAAACAGGGAAAGAUGUUAAGGCGAAGGGCCUUGCCGCCCCCAGCAACCUCUCCAUGAACCAGACACUGGAAGGCCAUAGUGGUGCAGUGCAGGUGGUGACGUGGAACGGUCAGUAUCAGAAACUGACCACGAGUGACCAGUAUGGCCUCAUUAUCGUAUGGAUGCUGUACAAGGGCUCCUGGUAUGAGGAGAUGAUCAACAAUCGUAACAAGUCCGUGGUGCGAAGCAUGGCCUGGAACGCGGAUGGUCAGAAGAUCUGCAUUGUGUACGAGGACGGGGCGGUUAUUGUAGGCUCUGUGGACGGGAACAGGAUCUGGGGCAAAGAGCUAAAGGGCAUACUGCUUGCCUAUGUGGAGUGGUCCCCAGAUGGGAAGUUACUGCUGUUUGGGAUGGCGAAUGGCGAAGUCCAUACAUACGACAACAUGGGCAACUUCAUUAGCAAGUUGAGUAUCUACUGCCUAACCAACUGUACAGGGGCUAUCAAAAUAGCUGGAGUACACUGGUACAAUGGGGCUAAUGGCUAUGUCGAGCCCGGGUGUCCUUGUCUGGCUAUCUGCUUCGAUAACGGGCGCUGUCAGAUAAUGAGAUCAGAGCUUGAUGAGAACCCAAUCCUAAUAGACACUGGUAUGACUGUAUGUCAGAUAGCGUGGAACCACACUGGGGCUGUUAUGGCGGUGGCCGGAUCACAGAAGGCCAUAGGUCAGGACAAGGAUGUGAACGUUGUUCAGUUUUAUGGACCAAAUGGAGAGCACCUGAGGACAUUGAAGGUUCCCGGGAAGCAGAUGUACUCGUGUUCCUGGGAGGGUGGAAGUCUGCGUGUUGCCCUUGCGGUGGAUUCAUUCAUAUACUUUGCCAACAUCCGACCGGACUACAAGUGGGGCUACUGUUCAAACACGGUGGUGUAUUCAUUCACGAAGCCAGACAGGGCGGAACACUGCGUUAUCUUCUGGGACACGAAGAAUAACGAGAAAUAUGUGAAGUAUGUGAAGAACCUUAUCAGCAUCACUGCGUGUGGGGAUUACUGUUGCCUAGCAACGAGGGCUGAUGAGAUGACCAAUCAGUAUGUGCUCGUGUUGUGUAACUCCAUCGGGACGCCGCUCGACUCAAAGUACAUAGAGAUCGACCCUGUAUACCUGACCAUGACACGGACCCACAUUGUGGCAGCCUCAAGGGAGGCCUUCUACACAUGGCAGUUCAAGAAUCCCAAGAAACUCUCCACCUUGGAGGUAGCUGGCAGAAGGAAAACUGGCUCUGAGAGGCUCCACCACAUAGAUGACCAGCCUACUGGCGGAGCUGCCAUGGAGGAGAUAGAUUUCAGUAAGGCCUUCACAGGAACAGAGGACCAGAUAUGUUGUGUGUGCGCAUCUGACAAGAUACUAAUUGUGGGUCGUGAGUCAGGCACCCUUAACCGCUACUCGAUGCCAAUGUUGUCUCUGACACAGAAGUAUGCCCUGGAGUGUCGACCACAUCAGCUCUCCCUCAACUGCACUUCCGGCCGUCUGGCCAUCAUUGACAUCAGUGGAGUGCUGACCUUCUUUGACCUUGACACAAGGAUGACCGACCCUGAUGGCAAGGAAGUGAUUGGGGAGCAUCUCAAGUUUGAGCGGAAAGAUGUCUGGGACAUGAAGUGGGCUGAGGACAACCAUGAGCUGUUUGCCAUGAUGGAGAAGACCCGGAUGUACAUAUUCCGAGGUCUUGACCCUGAGGAGCCGAUCCUGUCGAGCGGAUAUAUCUGCCAGUUUAAUGACCUCCAGAUCAAAACAGUCCUCCUGGAUGAAAUCAUGAAGGACCCAGAGAAUCCCACCAAGGAAUACAUGCAAGAAAUGGAAAUCAAGUCACUGAGGGAUACAAGAGACCUUCUUGAGAAGAUUGGAUUACAGGACGCCCAACAGUUUGUUGAAGACAACCCCCACCCACGUCUAUGGAGACUUUUAGCUGAGUCCGCCUUGGAACAACUUCAGUUGAAGAUUGCUGAGACGGCAUUUGUACGAUGUAAGGACUUCCAGGGCAUUGAGUUUGUGAAGAGGUUGGGGAACUUGCAGAAUGAGAAUAUGAAGCAGGCGGAAGUAGCGGCAUACUUCAAGCGAUUUGAGGAAGCGGAGAGGAAAUACCUGGAUAUGGACAGAAGGGACCUUGCAGUGAGCCUACGGAAGAAGCUGGGUGACUGGUUCCGUGUUGUUCAGCUGCUCAAGACUGGUUCAGGUGGAGACGAUGUGCAGUUGGAAGAGGCAUGGAACGCCAUCGGGGACUACUAUGCUGACCGCCAGAAAUGGCAGCAGGCUGUGACAUACUACGUGCAAGGGCGUAACCAGGAGAGACUGUCAGAGUGUUAUUACAUCCUGGAGGAUUACACCGGCCUUGAGAAGAUGGUCUCCAGUCUGCCAGAGAACCACAAACUUCUCCCAGAGAUCGCCUCCAUGUUCAUGACGGUGGGGAUGUGCAACCAGGCGGUGGAUGCUUUUAUCAAGUGUAACCACAUCAAGGCCGCCAUAGACUGCUGUGUGAAUCUGAACCAGUGGAACAUGGCCAUCGACCUCGCCAAGACCCACAAUGUACGCGAGAUUGACUCGCUCCUGGCCAAGUAUGCGCAGCACCUCCUGGAGAAAAACAAGAUCGUCAACGCUAUCGAGCUGUACAGGAAGGCUGGACACCACCUGGAGGCUGCAAAACUGCUGUUUAAGAUUGCAAAUGAACAGCGUGAGAAGAAACAGAAGCCGUUACAUGUGAAGAAAUUGUACGUGCUUGGCGGUCUCCUGAUUGAGCAGUACCAUGAGAUGAUGAAGAUGACCUCUAGGGCAAAGGCCAAGGACAAGCGGGGAGCUAUGGCGAGCUCUGCACUCGCAGGAUUCCUUGAGGAGGAUACGGCGGCAGUGUCGGAUGGCAAGCUGAUUGAGAAUGCCUGGCGUGGGGCAGAGGCCUUCCACUUCUACCUGCUAGCUCAACGACAACUCCAGGAAGGUUAUGUUGACCUGGCCAUGAAGACAGCCUUAGGUUUGAGGGAUUAUGAAGAUGUCCUUGACCCGGCAGAUAUAUAUUCCCUUCUCGCUUUGACUUCGACUGCUAAUCGAGCAUUCCGAAUCUGUUCCAACGCGUUUAUCAAGCUAGAGACACUGGAAACUCUAACACCUGAUCAUCGACAACAAUACGAGGAGCUGGCGCUGGAAAUAUUCACAAAACACAGUCCAAAAGACAGCCGGAACACGUCUAUAGAAUGUACAAGCUGUUCAGCAAGCAUUCCUGACUGGGCAAGCUCUUGUCCAAACUGUGACACAAAGUUUCCGACGUGUAUUGUGACGGGACGCCCACUCAUGGAGUACCAGUUUUGGAUGUGUAGUGCUUGUAAACAUAGGGCUUAUGAAUCGGAGAUAGCGCAGCGACAGACAUGCCCACUUUGUCACACCUCAGUGUAGAGAUGCUUCGCGUUUUGAUUGAAAUAUGACUGUUUUAUCAAUGAUCGUUUAACAAUAUAGCAUUAUAUCAAGAAUUUCAGUUAGAUUAUUAAUUUGUACACUACAUAAUAAAACACACACACAAUUUUUUUUAAUAAACAGAAUAUAAAAAUGGAAAGGUCGGCACCUAUUUCAAAGGUAGGGUGGGCUAGCCGGAACCAAGUAUUUUAUUUUUUUAAGCCAAAUUAAAAAUUUGCUUGGUUUCAUAUAACAGUGACAAAGUCAAGCAAUUUGUUUUGAAACCAAUGACAUUCCAUACUAUUAUUGAUAAAAAAAAAAACAAUCAUUAAUGCACCAGUAAAUUGUGCCACGCUUCCCCAGGUAUGGGGAAUAGCGGGGACUUUGACUUUCGGUCCAGCCAAGCCCAGGUAUAAUUCCGCCCUGCGGGGACGAACUGCUGGUUAAAUCCCCGCCAAAUGCCCCCGCACCCCAGGGACCAUAGGUAAGGACCAUUCCUUGGUAUUUUUGGCGUGAACACAAAACCACCGCAUUUUAUCACCCGGCACUGAGGGGCCACCUGGAAGGUAAAAACACGGCCCAUUUCCCCGGCUAUCCCUGGUAUACCCCCUGACCUGGGGGGCUGUGGUUACAAUUGACUGGUGCAUAAUACAGGUGAUAAGACAGCAGCAUUUUGUGUACAUUGUAUAUUGUCUUUACACAUAAUCUAUAUUUAUUCUAUACCUUGCCUUACAUUCCAUGUCUGUCAUAUAUCUAUUUUUAGAUAAUAAUGAGUCAAAUUUCCACAUUUUCACUUUGAAAACAAACUCCUUACUACUGAAAAAAAUGUUGGGUUGGAAGGAAAAUAAAGGGCAGUUGGGUUAGUGAACAUUUUUUUAAGCCUCAUGUCAUUUUUUAAGCCUCAUAUCAAUACCUGACUGCAUUUUCUAAGUAAAGUACAUGUAUAUAAAUUAGAAUCUCCAUAUAAAGUUAAUGUUUUUCUUGGUUGUUUUAUUUUUAUGGAUCUGAUUUGUAAACUAUCAAAGAGAUGUUAGUGCUAUUUUAUCAGCAUGUAUUGAGGCGUUGUGAAUGACGAUUGUUUCAUGUAUCUUUUUGUUUGUUCAUCUACUAUCCGUCCGUAUUUUCUGGAUUAUUUAUUUAUGAGCAUAUUUAUGAAUAUAUUUAUACCAUUUUUCAAUUCUUUGUUCUUAAAAAAUAUUCUUAAAAAGAAACACUUGUGAGUGAGAGUUAUUAAAAUAAAAAAUUACAAUGUUUAUGUUUUUCUUCAAAUAAAACUUAUGUAUACA